UUUUUUUUUUUUNUGCCCCAAUCCAUCUUUUCUUUAUUCAAAUAUCGCACAUAAAGCCAAUUCUGCAUAACAGUUGCCUUUCACGCUUCCAACCAUCUUCUUUAAUUCCACCUUCCCUCCUUGCUCUCUCUUUCCCCUCUCCCUCCUUUAAUUUACUUACUUUAUCUUGGAAAUCAUAUGUUCUUUACUACCAUCAUUACUCCUCCCUCCUCCUUUUUUCCUUUCCUUACUUUACUACUACACUACUCCUACUCUCUCUCUCUCUCCCCCCUUUUUCUUCUUCUUUUCUGAUUUUCCGGCGGACUGGUUAUGUCACCGCCGGCGAGGACCAAAAGCGGGAAUGGCGGCGUAGAUAAGCAGUAUCCUCCGCCGCUUGCCACCCACGAUGAAGUUGUUUCUGACCCCAUUGUUUUUUGGGACACUUUGAGGCGUUUCCAUUUUAUGAUGAACACAAAGUUCAUGAUUCCUGUGAUUGGAGGGAAGGAGCUAGACUUGCAUGUUUUAUAUUCAGAGGUUACAAGAAGGGGCGGGCAUGAAAAGGUUGUUGCAGAGAAGAAAUGGAGGGAAGUUGGAAGUGUGUUCAAGUUCUCUCCUACAACAACCAGUGCUUCCUUUGUAUUGAGAAAACAUUAUCUUAGUCUUCUCUACCACUACGAGCAAGUUUACAUGUUCCGCCGCCAGGGCCCCAUCUGCGCCCCUCAAGCGCCAUUUUCUUUCGGUAGCCCUACCAGCGAAAACGAAUUGGCUCUGGUGGAAUAUACCCCCAAAACAACGUCGUUUUCGCCUGGUCCGCCUGCUGAAGUUUNUGGAACAAUUGAUGGGAAAUUCGAUUGUGGCUACCUGGUGUCUGUGAAAUUGGGAUCUGAGGUUCUGAGGGGAGUUCUUUACCAUCCAGAGGAGCCUACCCCGUCGGAUCUCCGGCCCCAACCUACCAACGCCAUUGUACCGUACACUGGUACCAGACAGCGACACUCUGGUCGGCGACACCGGAGGAGCCGGAGAAAGGGAGACCCGAACCACCCCAAACCAAACAGAAGUGGGUAUAAUUUCUUCUUUGCAGAGAAGCAUUACAAGCUCAAAUCUCUGUACCCUAACAGAGAGAGGGAGUUCACCAAGAUGAUUGGAGAGUCUUGGAACAACCUCAGCCCUGAAGAAAGGAUGGUUUAUCAAAACAUUGGGCUCAAAGACAAGGAGAGGUACAAGAGAGAGUUGAAAGAGUACAAGGAGAAAAUGAGGCUGGCAAGUGAUGAUGUUCAUGCAGCUAACUAUUCAAAACAGGGAGAGUAGAAGAGGGAAGGGAAUUCAGCAGUUUGUAGGUUUUUUGAGAUUGGGAUCUGCUGCUGAAGUUAUAUAUGAUAAAGAUUUUGUAUCAUAUCCUCCUACUCCUAACUUUAUAUGGCAUACCAUUACCAUAGGUUCUCACAUCCAAAGUGCUUGGCCUCAAGUUUUACACCCACUUCGAAGUUCACUCUGGAACUGUCAUUUUAUAGUUUCUUGAAACUUUUUGCUUCUUCUUUACCCAUGGGAUGGUGAGAUCCUUCUUAUUUUUCUUUAAUUGUUCUUCCUUGGAGUCCGAGACAUCAGAUGCUCUAUGAAGACCCUUCCAUCCAAGGACGAGGAAGCCAACUAAAUGAGCAGCUUUAGAAGAUAGGCUUCUUCCUUCUGGGCUGCCACAUUAGAGUAGAAUAUGCCAUCGGUCAAAUGAAAAAUGAGAUUUGCAGUAAUCUAAAGUUUUGUUUGAAGUCACUAUUAGAUUGUUUCAGUUCUCAAUUUUCAUUCAAUAUGUUCGAGAAUUUUUACUC